AUGGCUUCUCGCCCUCAGGCCAACGAGCUUGACGCAUCUGCCUCUGCGGUGGCAUUGCCCAAGAAGACACUGUCAAGGGCUGACCUGCGUCGCCGUCAGUCGACAGACGAGCGGAUUAAUGACAUUCUCGAGACAGCUCUACAGCGAGCAGAAACGAUGGAUCCCGCCUCCUUGAGUCUUCUUCAGAAAGGCUCUUCCCGCAAUCCCUCCCCCAACUAUGGAGCCUCCGGAGUGAGUCCAAGAGGGACUCCGCAAGGCUACCAGACCGUACCGGCGAGCGAGGAUAGCGAAGCAACCCGUCCGAGAAAAGUUUCAUAUAGCGAUACGGCGAAGAAGCCCGAGAACCAUGCCAAGGGCCAGAACUCUCUGCGGCAGCGAAACGGAGUCUCCGGCUCGGAGGAUACAAGAACACCAACAAAAACAAAGUCGACAUGGACGAAGGAGACCUUUCGCAAGUUUCAGUCGCUUCAGUUGGAAAACAAGGGAAGCGUGGCUAGAGAUCACCUGGCUCUCGAACGCACGUUUCUAGCAUGGCUUAGAACCUCUCUCGCCUUCGCAUCGAUUGGCGUCGCCGUGACGCAGCUAUUCCGCCUCAACACCGACAACGCCUCUGCCUCCGACUUCGACCACACAAGACUACAAAAGAUGGGACGCCCAUUGGGUGCGACAUUCCUCGCCAUUAGCAUUGUGACUCUGCUUCUUGGCUGCAGACGGUAUUUCCAUGCCCAGGAAUGGAUCCUUCAGGGCAAGUUCCCGGCAAGCCGAGGGACCAUCAUCAUCAUGUCAUUGGUGGCAUUGGCGCUCAUGAUUUUGUCCUUGGUGGUGGUGAUUGUCAUACGCCCUUCAUAG